ACAGCUUUACUUCUUUAGAACAUCCUCUGGAAGCUAUUUAUGAAUAUGAAAGCAGACAGGAAGUCACACAAAGUCUCACAAAGGUUGAGGUAAGUUUGAUUAUAGAGCACUGUGAACUGGCUCACUACUGUCAUUCGUCUUCAAAGCCCUGUGAGAAUGUAAGUAACUCAAAAAUUCUAUUUUAUUUAUAGCAAUUAUAUAAUUGUAUUAAGCUUUUGUAGACAAAUACACACUGCAAGUAAUCUGAAAUAAAUAUAUACCCAAAUGUAUGUGAAUGCGUAAAUUAAGAGCAUAGCAUUUUUUGUUUGUUUGUUUUUUUGUUUGUUUUUUCCUCAAUUUUGCUCUCUAGAUGAAUUACGCAAAUGGUUCCUCCUCUGACGCAACCACAGCAUGUUCAGUCGAGUCGCAGCCUGCCCCCAUCUCUGUGCUGAUUUGCCUGGUCCUCGGGCUUGGGCUUCUCCUGAACAUCUUCAGCAUGUGGGUCUUCAAGUACCGCACUCCUGAGUGGAAGUCUGGAACAGUUCUCCAGUUCCACCUGGCCGUCAGCGAUCUCAUGUUAUGUCCUCUAGCACCCUUUUUAACAGUUUACUUUGCCCUGGGACAAUGGCCUUUUGGAAGUCUGAUGUGUCGGCUCAAGAUCAUCCUGUUGGUCACCCACUUUUAUGGUAGUAUCUUCUUUCUUACUCUCAUAAGCAUCCACCGUUACAUAUCUGUGGUCUACCACAGUCAGGAAUUCCGCAUGAAACAAAAGGACUUUGUGAAGAAACUUUGCGUAGGAGUUUGGGCUGUCGUGCUGAUUAAAGGAGUGGUGUGUAGUCUGGUUCUGGACACAAGCACAGAGGGGAAUCGCACGCUGUGUCUCAGCAUCCACCAGGAAACAUACAUCGAGGUGUAUUUUUUUACUAACUUCACUCUACUCUUACCCGGAUUCCUGAUCCCCUUCACAAUAUCACUGGUUUGCUACAGCCGCUUGGUAAGAUCCAUGUCUGGCAUCAACAUCUGCCAUCAGAAAGGCAAGCUCAUGAAGAGUAAGUCACUCAAAAUGGUGGCUGUUUGUUUGCUGAUUUUCGGAUUGUGUUUCACACCCGUGAAUGUGAUUCGUACUAUUAUCGUGGUGGUCAAGAAAUUCUACCCCACACACCGCUGUCUGCUUUUGCAAAUUGAAACAUCAUACUAUGUCUCCUGGAUCCUGUCUUCAGCCAACUGCUGUCUUGAUCCGCUGAUCUACUGCUUUGCCUCACAGAACUUUAAGACAGCCUUCCGCAGCUCACUGAGGAAAAUAGGAGUCAGAUUCCAAACAGCUCGUGAGGAUAUUGAGCAUGACAGCGCUCUGACCACACAUGUCAAUCCCACUCUUAGGACGAUUCAGAAGGGAAAUAUGUCCAUCACUCCCUUAUAAUUCCUGUACUUGAUUAUGCAUGCUAGAUGGAACACUCAAAAAAAGGGGACUUGUCACUCAGAUAGCCUUUAAGAAUACCUUUGACAAAAGAAGAAAUUGAAAUCAUUCUCAUGGCUGGAUCGGGAAGCUGUCGCAAGGUUGCGAUGGACUUUAACAGGAAACAUGGCAAGCGUAUCACACACGACACUGUUACCAAACUUAUUAACAAAUUCGAAAAGACUGGAAGUGUUGCGGACAAACCGAGAAGUUGAACGUCCAUGAACAUCCACUGACGAAUGCACAACCGACGUGGUGCUGGCGAAUGUAAUCCCCUAUGUAUGGAGACUUUUGGAACACUCUGUAGUUCAUUGCAUUCACUCUCCUAGGUGAAAGACACAUACUGAAAGUAUAAAGACAUAGCUUUGAGGGCCACAUCCAGUGACAGUUUUUCCCUUAAAAAAAGUAUUUUACUUUUCACUUGAAAAGCCAGGUGCUAGCUAACAGAUGAAGCUGCUAUUAUUCUGUAAGGAGGAAGAGCAGAAACUAUAACAGCAGGUUCUCAUUUGUAGAGCAGAAAUACUUGAAACCAAAGAGACAGUACAAAUAACUGACCCUUCAUGAUGUAGUGCAGGCCAUCACUGUGGUAUGUGAAGAAUACCUAUCAUUAGCUGUCAUUCACCGGGAUGCUAACGUGACCCUUUUUUCCUGACGUGGCACUGAUUUCACAUCCCUUUGACAAAGUAUAUUUUAAUAAUUACUGUAUUGUUUAAUUGUGGUAUUUUGUAUAUUUUAAUUUGAUAUACAUUUGUAUUGUAUUUGUAAAGUAUUUGUAAAGUAUUGUGUAUUAUAUAUAGAAAAAUACAUGAAUAUAUUUCUGCCAUAUUCUGCUAAUGGGACACUGAAGGCCUUCCUGCUCAAACUGAGUUAUUAGCUUGACUCCCACUGUAGCUUGACAUUCUAUAAUUAAAACAGUUAACAAUUUAGUAUUUUGAUGCUAUUGUAAUGUAACUAUUUAUGUCAUUGAUGCAUUCAAGAGCUCAUUAUAUAGCUCAUAGUGUUGCUAUAUCAAAUGCUUAUUUUCAAAAUACUUCCUUGAAAUGCUUUUAGAACUGAAAUGAAACUGCAUAACAAAUAAAGGAAGUUUUAUUCAUGCA